CGCACCACACAAAGCCGUCUCGAACGCAACGCGACCGGCGGCUGGGUGCAUCACCGGUGAGCUCUCAGCCUCUCCUCUCACGUGCCGCUUGCCACGCGCAGCAGCCGGCGACUCCGACGCACGCACGCACGCGCGCGCGCGCGAUGACCGCCGCCGCUCUCUUCCUGCGCGGCGGCUGCCUCUUUGCGCCGGUCCACGCCGCCGCCCCGCUGGUCCCUCGCCGCCGGCUCGUGGCGGUCGCCUCCUCCUCGUCCGGCGACGGCGUGGCCACCACCGCGGACGCUGUGCCGCGAGGCUCCUCCGAUGGCUCCUCAGCGGCCAACAAGCCGCGAGGGUACGGGAUCGUGAGCGGGGCCAACGGCGCCAUUGCACCUCCUCCCACCGCCGCCGCCGCCAAGUCCACCGCCGUAGAGACCACCGUCGAGAGGGUGAUCUUCGAUUUCCGAUUCCUGGCUCUUCUCGCGGUUGCCGGAUCACUUGCCGGCUCCCUCCUCUGCUUCCUCAAUGGCUGUGUUUACAUAAAAGAGGCGUACAGUGUAUAUUGGACGGGCUGUCUCAAAGGUGUCCAUACAGGGCAGAUGGUCCUAAAAGUUGUCGAGGCCAUUGAUGUUUAUCUCGCCGGAACAGUCAUGCUGAUCUUUGGGAUGGGUCUGUACGGGUUAUUCAUCAGCAAUACUUCUACUGAUGUACCUUCUGAAUCUGACAGAGCUCUGCAGGGAUCAUCGUUGUUUGGGAUGUUUGCUUUGAAGGAAAGACCAAAGUGGAUGAAGAUUACCUCCCUCGACGAACUGAAAACAAAAGUAGGGCAUGUCAUCGUGAUGAUUCUUCUGGUGAAGAUGUUUGAGAGGAGCAAGAUGGUGAAGAUAACCACGGGGCUGGACCUUCUGAGCUACUCGGUCUGCAUCUUCCUGUCGUCGGCUUCACUGUACAUUCUGCACAACCUUCACAGGCCUGAACACGAGGACUCAGUCAUGCCAAACUUGUAAAACAACCAGACUAGGAAGUAAAAAAAAAAACAUAAUACCAUCAAAUCAUCAGCUCAUGAUUUGCAUCACCGGAUGGAAUUGUAAUUAGUACCAUCCUGAUGUGCCAGAAGCCGGGGAAAAAAAAUACAAGAAUCAAAGAACCACUGAACAGGUCUCUCUGUGAAAAAAGGCUAAAUCAAGGACAGCUUCAGAUGUAACUACAAAAAGGAAGCACUGGAAACUAGGCAGAACUCUUGUUAUAUUUUUGUAGCCUGAAAUUGAAUCACCUGUGCUUCUUCAACCAA